AGACUAUUUCUCUUCAUUCUGCAGGCUACUAGCCUUGAAGAUUAUUGCAUAUGUGGACCAGAUUUGAAGUAGCAUGGCUGAUACAGUGAUCAAAGGUACUGAGUCCCCAGAUUCCAUGGCUGAAGUCGAUGCCCAAGGGGCAACUGACACCAUGAAUGAAGACAUGCCAGAUGCAGAAGCCAGUGGUAGUGUUGCCAGUGAGAAAGGGAACGUAACCUUAAUCGAUGUAUCAUCGGCCCCUAUCAAUUCGACCGAUGCGACCUUGACGUCCCAGUUGGUCAGGGAGAAACUGGAAAUGGGUGUUUUUCGCUCGCAGCCAAAGCAGAAAGCCAAGUCAUCGGUCUGGAAGUUGUUCAACUGCAUCGUAGAUGGGAACGGCCGGGAUACUUCAUACGUCAUAUGCAAGUACUGCUUCCAUGUCAUGUACCAUGACAGUCAUCGCACGGGGACGUCAACCAUGAGGAAGCACAAAUGUUGGUUGGAAAUGAAUGGAGUCCCACCCAAGAAAAGGAAGGGAUCCUACAUCCCUAUCAGCGGUCACGAGUACGCUUUGAAAACGAAGAAAUCCGCCUCCCUCAACGACACGAAUGGCCUCCUGGCCGACGACGAAGAGGAAAUGUCAGACGAUUCGGACGAUGAUGAGGGAAAGCAGUGGCAGUUACCCCUAUUCCAGAAGUUCCUCAAGAUCGAGGAAGAAAGGCUCAAGAUCGAGAAGCAGAGACUGGCCCUUGAGAGACACCACACGGGUCUCUUGAAAGUUGUCGCCCAGAAGACGUCUCAGAUCGUGGACUUCCUUUCGGGAGAGAAGAUCAUCAUCCAACAGCCAACAAUCGCCGUGGAGGGAGUGGUGGGAGAAGCGCAUCGCAUCACCGUCUCCGACGCCACCCCCAUCCCGAUCGUAGAAAUGUCAGACGGAAAACCGUCGUGAUCUCCUUCAGAGUGUAGACCGAGUGACUGAAUGACUGGAGCAUGAAAAACCUUGUUCCUGGAAUCCCAUACGAGAAGGUUAUGCUUCUUUUGCGAGGAUGUCUGUACCUGAAGAGCUGCGGCGGCUUGGUUGCAUGACCUGCAAAUGAGACCACGAUUGUCAUGUAUUUCUCUUGUCAGUUUGAAUGAAUUGCGU